AUGACCUCUGGGCCUCCACAAAAACGGCCCCAGGAGGAGUUGCCAGAGAUCGAUGCGGUGGAGUGGGCAACGCAAGACGUCGAGAAACGCUUUUCUGUUGGCUUCAACCCAGGCCACAUCAGGACCAGCGUUUGUUCUGAUUCGAGUAAAAUUGACGCCCUGAACCAAGCUCCGGCACUUCCAGAAGCAGUGAAGCCUCCAAGGCGCAUGGUGGCAGCAACAGUAACAGGACUACUUAUCGCCGUGCUACUUAUGGCACUUGAUGUCAACAUUCUUGGUACAGCUCUUGUGCCUCUUCGCAUCGUCACGCAGCGAACCGUCGGACUGGGCUGUAUCGCAACGACGUGUACGUAUCUGGCUGUCACUGUCUUGGCGUAUUACAUGCCGUUCUACCUACAGGCUGCCAAAGGCCUGUCUCCGAGCAUAGCUGGAUUAUACAUGCUCGCACUGGGGGGGCCAGAGACGCUGGCAACCAUCGCUUCAGGCGCCUUGAUUACAUACACGAAGCACUACGUUCCAAUGCUGGUACUGGGCGGAGCAGUGUUUUCUCUUGGCAGCGGCCUCCUGUCGACCCUCACCACCGGCAGCAACGCCGGACAAAUCAUAGGGUACGAAGUUUUGACCAGUAUUGGGCUCGGUUUCGGCGGUCAGGUUCCGCUCACUGCCUUACGGAACGUCCUCUGCGAGGCAGAUAUACCGAUUGCGAAUGGCUUGAAUGGUUUCUCUCAAAGCUUGGGCGUUGUGCUUGGAGCACCCAUCGCCCAAUCUGUGUUCAUGAACACACUGACCAGCCAUUUGGGAUCGCGGCUUCAGCCCGGAAAUGUUACCAGAAUCACCGACCUGGGGGCGUCAAAUAUUAAUCCCGCACAUAUUGACGCGCAGCUUCUACCGUUCGUGGCACAAGCUUAUCGGGACGCCUCGACUACGUCCCUGUACGUGGCUGUGGCAUCUGCUGCAAUGGCCGGUGCAGCCGGGCUUUCAAUGGAGUGGAAAAGACUCAAGACUAAGGAAGAAGAAGACAGUUAA